AUGGAAAGCUUUGAGGAAGAAGUUUCUGAGCCUGUGAGUCCCAGUGGGCUAUACUUGAACAGUUCUUCACUUUGUGUAUACAUUCUUGGUGUCUUAGAAACUGAGAUUCCAAUUGAUGAUUGCCAAACAAUGUCACUGCUUCAAAAUGUCUUCCUUCCCAUCAACAAACGUUUCUCCUCCAUCAUGAUUGGGGACAAAAAUGGAGAGAAAAAAUGGAAGAAAGUUGAAGUUAACUUGGAGGACCAUAUUAAUGUUCCUAUAUUUCCCAGUGGGAAGUCAUCCAACUUAUUAUAUGAUGAUUGUCUUGAUGAAUAUAUGUCAACAAUAGCAAUGGAACAUUUACCACAGCAUAGACCACUAUGGGAAAUUCACAUUAUUAAAUAUCCAACAACCAGUGCUGCUGGCACCUUGGUAUUCAAACUUCACCAUGCCCUUGGUGAUGGUUAUUCUCUUAUGGGUGCUCUUCUUUCAUGUUUGCAAAGGGCUGACAAAUCCUCUCUUCCCUUCACACUCCCAACAAGACAAAGAUCCAAAUCAGUAUUCAACUCCAAUGUGGUUUUCAAGAGAUUGCCCUCCAUUUUCUCCUUAGCAUUUCGCACGGUGUCAGAUUUUGGAUGGAGUGUAUUGAAAAGUAGUUUGAUUGAAGAUGAUCAAACACCAAUCAGGUCUCGUGCCGAUGAUUUCAAACUUCGCCAAAUUACCAUCUCAAAUGUCUCCUUCUCUCUCGAUCACAUCAAAGAAGUGAAAUCUAAACUUGGAGUGAGCGUUAAUGAUGUGAUUGCUGGCAUAAUCUUUUUUGGCAUUCGGUUAUAUAUGCAAGAAACAAAUCUGAAAGCAAACACAACUCAAUCCACAGCAUUGGUGUUGCUGAAUACCAGAAACAUUGGAGGUUAUAAGUCUAUUAAGGAGAUGGUUGACAAGACCAAUGAUGGUUCUUCUGCAUGGGGAAACCGCUUUGCCUUUUUGCAUAUACCAAUUCCAGAGCUAAGUGAUUCCAAAUAUGCAAACCCACUUGAGUUCAUAUGGGAAGCCAAUAAAGAGAUCACAAGAAAGAAAGAUUCUUGGGCCACACCUCUUACAGGCAUGCUUCUAAAUAUGGUGAAGAAACUCAAAGGUCCUGAGGCUGCAGCUAGAUAUUUAUACAGUACUUUGAGAAACUCAAGCACAACAAUUUCGAACAUCAUUGGACCAGUGGAACAAAUGGCUUUGGCUAAUCAUCCAAUUAAAGGUUUUUACUUUAUGGUGGCAGGUGCACCUGAGAGUCUGUCCAUAACGGUGAUGAGCUACAUGGGGAAGUUAAGAGUUGCGUUUGGAUUAGAGAAAGGGUUCAUUGACAAGCAAAAGUUCAAGUCGUGUAUGGAGGAUUCUUUUGGGAUGAUACUUAUUGCAGCAAGAAAGAUUUCGGCUUAA